CAAUAGUAUAUGCCUAAUAUGCUCGAAGCAGAAAAGAAAAAGAAAGAAGAUUCCAAGAGGAAUGAAAAAUAUUCUGGAGAGGAUAAAGGAGACUCUUCCAAGAAAAUACUACAGAACAGGCGAAAGCAAGAAAUAAUUUAUGGGAACAAGGGGAGCAAUUCACAACUUUCCUUGAAGGAGAUGAAGGAUGCAGAUAAUGAAAAACAAAUUAUUCACGCUGAGUUUGAAAGUCUUGGUGAAGAUAACCCAUUGGAUGAUUAUAAUGCUACCUUAAUCAACAAUAACAUUGACAAUACGUGUUUGUAUCCCCUCCUUCAAGCUUGCGAGGAGUUAGAAAGUGAGAAAUUCAACGAACGCAACGAAAGCAACAUAAGAUGGGAUCAAGAGGAUUCUUUUGAGAAGGAACAUCCUGACCAACAACAAGAAGGAAAUAUUGAUGGUGAGUCAAAUCUCAACCAAAUUGCAUGUGAAGAUGGUAACCCAGAUAAUUAUCAUCAUAUUAUAAAAAACAACAUUAUCAACUAUGGCUCGAGACUUUUGGCAAAAGAUGAAAAUGGUGGAAACUAUCAUUUUACACAAGGAUUACCGAGAAGUACCAAAUUUCGUUCUAUCGGUAACCUUUAUAAGUGUACUUCUAGGCUUUCACCAAUUGAAGAUGAAUAUAAUUGGAAUCAUCUAACUAAAAAAGACCCAAAUAUGAAUCAUUAAGCAAAUGAAGAUUCAAGUGUCAACACAAACGAAAAAAAUGUUGGUUGUAAGAGAAAGGGGAGAAACAACAAUGGAGAAAGUGAUGAUGGUACUUCUUCCCGUAGGUUCAAUAUUGAGUUUUAAUUAUUUUUUUAAUCCUAUGUCAAUGCUUAGGUUGUCUUUUAAUCACUUUUUAGAAUUUUGAAUUUUAUCAUUUCAGGUAAAACUUUAAACUUAGGUUGUCUUUAUAAACUUGGUCAAUUACUUCUCCAGUUCUUCUUUAUUAAGAUUUAUUUUCAAAAUUCA